AUGCUCAACAGAAUCAAAAACCAGAUCUCGUCAUGGACUCGGCAUGUUCUGCAUAGCCACGUCACGCCAUAUACCCAUCCACGACAGACAUGGUUUCAUGCAGCUCAGGCGAUGGGCAGCCGGACUGGUCUGACUGCCGCCAGCAAGGAUGAAAAAGCUCUUAUCAAGCUUAAUUAUACUCUAAAGAUACGGAAGCCCAUACACAUUCACCAUGCCCGGGCCCAUCGCCACUCCGAACGCGAAGGCUGCAAUCAACGGCAGCAGCACCCCAUUCCAGCUUUGCAAGACAUAAGGACCCAGGGUUAUAACCGGCUGCCUAUUGAUCCUUACAAGGAGAGCCUCCUGUACCAAGUUGAAUCCGCUCUUGGUCAAAAGCUUGGCGAUCACGUCGCCGGCGCCCUGCACACAGCGCGUAGCCGCAUUGACCAGCGCGCCACUGUCGGCCGCAUGUACUACAGAAGGAUCUUGCUUCAAGUCAUGGAUCAUAUUUGCCAGUUCCAAGAGCACCUCGUCGAGGCUGCGCAGGAGCAUUCCUCAAUCAUCAUCCCCUACCACACCCACAUGCAGCAGGCGCAGCCUGGCAACUUUGCUCAUUAUCUACUGUCCUUUGCGGCAAAACUACAAGAAGAUUUCGAGCGUUGUCAAGAAGCAUACAACCGCGUCAACCGCAACCCCCUCGGGACGGUAGGAAGAAGCGGAACGGGCUUAAAGAUUGAUCGUGAGAGAACCACGCAGUUUCUGGGAUUCGACAGCUGCGUGAAGCACUCCCUUUUGGGCAAGGAUGCCGACUUUGCCGCCGAUAUUGUGGCUGCGCUGUCCUUUGUCAUGUACCAUCUCAAUGACUUUGCCACGGACUUGCACCUGUGGUCGAGUAAUGAGUUUGGAUUUGUGCAGCUGCCCGAUACGUUCUGCGGCACGAGCAGCAUCUUCCCGCAGAAGCGCAACCCGGUCACUCUUGAGACUAUCAAGCUGGCCGCUGGACCUAGUGUCGCCUGGCUGAGCUCUACACUGGCGACUUUUCGGGGUUGCGGCACGGGCGACCACAGAGUGCACGGAAUCCCGUCACACCUGGACCAAGCGCUGGAGACCACGUCAGACAUGCUCAUCCUGGCCGGCCUCGUCGCGUCCGAGGUGCAAGUCAAUGAUGCCCGCGUGAAGCAGGUCUUGGGCGAAAGCUGGUCGACAACCAGCAACCUGGCCGACUUCCUCAUGCAGCACCGCGGCCUGUCGAUUCGCCAGGCCCACGGUGUCGUGGCGCGCCUGGUGCGCAUGUGUCGCGAGACUGGCCUCGGCAAAGCGCAGGUCACCCCGGAUAUGCUCGAGGAGGCGAGUCUCAUUUCUCUGGGACAAAGCAUUGAGAUGAGCGAGGAAGACUUGCACGAGGCUCUAGAUCCGGACAGCUUUGUCAAGACCCGCACAAGUGCUGGCAGUGUUGGGCCUGCGGAGGUCGAUAGCCUCACUGAGCUGGCACAGGACAUGCUCUCGGAUAACCGACGCUGGGUUAUGGAAUGCCGCAGCAAGCAUUUGAGAGCGGAGAAAACACUCUCAGAGGCUAUUGUUGCCGUCUUGAAAGACCAAUCAUAA